AUGGCAAGACCAUCGAUCCAAUCCAAUCUUCGAUCAUUCCGGUCGAUACGAUGUACCCGGUCUUACAGCUUGAUCAGCAGCAAGUCACUCGCAGUGCAAGACUACCCGGCUCCUCAUACUGGUGUCAUUCGAGUCCUCUCUUUGAACAAGUUCGAAACCAGAAACGCCAUCUCUCGCAAUCUCUUGAAAGACCUUCGGUCCGAGGUAGUAAAGAUCGAGGGCCAGAGUCGCGAUUCCUGUACGCCCGUUCGAGCGGCCAUCAUCGCAAGUGCGCUGGACAACUGCUUUUGCGCUGGAGCCGACUUGAAAGAACGGCUUGGGUUCACCAGGGCAGAGAGCGCGGCUUUUCUCGACUCACUCCGUUCCACCCUUCGGCUUAUUGAAGAUCUUCCUGUACCCUCGAUUGCAGCAGUCUCUUCGGUGGCACUAGGAGGCGGUCUAGAACUCGCCAUGGCCACAAGUCUUCGUGUUUUCGCCAGAACGGCAGUGGUAGGUCUACCAGAGACACGACUCGGCAUCAUACCAGGAGCUGGUGGGACAUAUAGACUGGGACGACUCAUCGGUAAAAGCCAUGCCAAAGACCUGAUCCUGACUGGACGUCGCGUUGACGCGGACGAGGCUUUCAGGCUUGGUCUGUGCAACAGGCUCGUUGGUACAACAAAUGAUACCGCGGAGGUAGCACGGCAACAAGCGCUCACUGAAGCGUUGAAGCUGGCUACGCAGAUAUGUGAUGGAGGCCCGCUCGGCGUCCGUGCUGCUCUGAAGGCCAUCGAUGCUGGGAAUGAGGAGGGUGAGAAUGCACAGUACGAGACGGUCAUUGACACAGAUGAUCGCAAUGAGGCUCUACUGGCAUUCAAGGAGAAGAGGAAGCCCGCUUUUAUUGGUCGAUGA